CGAACGUGUACCAAUAUUCCCAAAAGGAAGGCUCUCUUAAGCGUUUCUUGCCUAAACUUGUAAAUGGAGUUUACAGAUGUCUUUUAUUCAUUAGAAAACGAAAAACAAUUUUGGAUUGAAGUAGACGAACUCGUUUCAACUGUAUCGAACAAAUUAGAGGUAGAAGUUGCUACCUCUAGGCUUAUUUCUUUCUUUUUAAAAUAUGGAAAGCCGUAUUUAAUUACGGAAAUCCAAUUACAAACGGCCGCUGAGAAACUGAUUCGUAGUCCAUUGUUCAAGUUGGACAAGAAUACAGUGCAAACGAUCAUGUUAGAUUGCUUCUUUUUCAUGGAAGACAUCCAUAUUAUUAAAUUUAUCGUUGUAUUCUUUCUUUUAGAUAUUCGGUUAGAUGACAAGUGUGUGAAGCUACUAAUUGCAAGUGGCUUUUUUGGUGCUCUUGUGCAAGCAAUCAUUCGUUUUAGAGAUCCCUCAGAAAAAGGGAUGUAUAUAUCCUUUCGCUAUGGAUUAUGUUUGAUGUAUCAUUUGUGUCGUUCUCAGCGACUUCCUCUUACUGAUUUGGUGACGGCAGAUGAAUCGUUUUUAAAAGGGCUGCUUGCUACAGCCGAAUUUACUUGGGCGGAAGAAGACGUGGAAAAUUUUUCUAUGUGUAUGCAUCUACUCUUGAGUUUGAACGAGCAAUUUAUGCUCGUCAAGCUUGCCUCUACCGGUGUCGUCGAAAUCCAAAAUGGGGUCAUGAAUUUACUAUCAGCUUCCAAAGUGGAUACAGGUGUUUACAAUGAAGGACUUGUCUUUAUGUUAAACAGAGAAAGAGAUCCUCGAACUAGGAUGCUAAUUUUAAAGCAGCUGUAUCUCUUAUUUACUACUCCGAAAACAUAUGAAAUCUUUUACACUAACGACCUCAACGUACUAAUUGAUGUAUUAAUCCGGGAAAUUAAUGAUAUUCCUAAUGAACUAGCAAAGCUGAGAUAUGCUUAUUUACAAGUAUUGCUCCCUUUAUUACAAAAUACUCAGGUCAGACUCCCCCCUCACUACAAAACUAAACAAAUCAUUCGCGCCAUCCACAAUCUUUUGAUAUCUCAUAGUCAAGGAAUCAACUGUGUGGAUGCUUCUACCGUUGAAGUGUUGAAUCAGAUCUUACAGAUUCCAUGGUUACGUGAGGAAGCAAACAAGCUCACAGUGGCUCCUGUGUAAGUUACUUGUUUGUUCUUUCGUUUUCCUGUUUGCUUUGUUUUCGUCCUCAAAAAUGAUCGUGGGCAUUGAUUUAUUUAUUGUAUGUCACAAAACAGGAUGGAAACUUAUUAUUUCUUUAAGUAACGAUUAAAGAUUUAUAUUCAUGAAAUAGGUAAAUCUAUAUUAUUCCUAGUUGCAUAUAGAGAAGGGGUAGUCUGUGGUACUUCAUCAGAAGACAGGGAAGAGAAGAGAUUGUAUGUAGCAAAUAAUUCCAAAAAGGAGAAAUUAUUUCAUUCAAGCAGAGUUUUGGUUGAAAUUUGAAAAUGAAGGAAGGAAGGAAACUUUCAUUAUAAACGACGGGCACCACUUUCCUCGAGUUUUCGAAUUGCUUCUUGUUGUUUAUGUUGUUGAACACGAAACUUACAGAAAUAAUUUACCCAAGACUGGACGCAAUUGGACUCAAAAUUGUUCUUCUCAGAGUCGCAUACCUGAGACGCCCGUUCACUGUCUUUCAAAGGAUCCAAAAUGUCGUUUUUAUCUAGGCAUUGAAAAUAAAAGUCUCUUGCUUCCCAGCAUUUUUCUCUAGCACUUCGCUUGAAUGAAGAUGUAUUACCAGACAUGAGGAAAAGGGAAAAGAAUAGCAGAAGUGCAAAGUUGAAGUCACAAACAAACCAAAAUUUUUUGAUCAAAAUAUGUUAUAAAAGAGAAAUGAAAUGCAAUGAUAUUUCUAGGAAAAGAUAUUGGAAGCUGGAUCUUUUGAUGUACCAUAUAGAAUUCUGUGGUGGAAGUGCAGUUUAAAGCAUAUGUGAUUAAAAUAAAUAAGGAUAUGCUGCAAACGAAUUUUAAGGGGAGGAUAUGAUAUAAAUUGACAUAAUAGAAUUGCAAUGCUUUUUUUU